UGUAGAUCUACUCAGUAGACGACGAACGGCCAGAAGCGCGGUUCUGCAGGCAGUUCUUGCAGGUCUUUGAGUGUGUAGAUCUAGCGUGAGGAGGAAGAAAUUAUCGUUAGGGAAACUGAGUUUGUUCGAGUAUGAAGCUGGGCGUAAUUACCGUACUGGUUGGUCUGCUGGCCGCCAGCGCUAAUGGUGCUAUCAAGCGUUGGAAGGGGCCAGACAACAACUAUGACGACACAGGCAAUUGGGACGGUGGCUCACUACCCUGCUCUGCCGACAAUGUCACGUUUGCACCAGUCUGGUCACCCAGCACUGUGUUCAUCCAGAACAGCAUUGCCAUCAACAGCCUGAUCUUGCCAAUGGACGGCGGCAUGCUGGUGUUUGUCAAGUCACUCAACAUCACCCUCGGUGGAAAGCCAACUUCGAAGUGCAGUGGAAGCAAUACGGUUUUCAAGGGCAAGGCACCAGGCAACUGGGAUGACCCGACCAAUUGGGACACGCUCGAUAGCAAUACAAACGCUGUCUUGCCAACGAACACGAUUCCGCCAUCCGACCGGCUGCCAUGUACGACCGACACCGUGCGAUUUCCAGCUAGCCGCUCAGUGACUGUACGUUUGAACCGUCCAAUCACAGUCAGCCAGUUCAUUAUCAAUAAUCAGCCCGUUGGCCAGACCACGCUGAAGGCAUUCCUCACGAGCCCGACUGGAAGGGGCCAGUUCCGCCUGCCUUCGCCCGAUGCCAUCACACUGGGUUCCGGCUGUGUUCCUGGAUCGCUGUGCACAUGUGGCACCACUAACCCAGACAUCAUUCGCACCGCAUGCAGCUUUGCCAAACCUAGCUGCCCGGCCGUGACGGGAUGUAUUGGACCGGUCAUGAUGGAUGGAGAUUGCUGCGCAGUGUGUGGUGCUCUACUCAACAUCACCUCCGUGUCUUUGGUGCAAUCAGCAUUGAUAACUGAGCUAUCAGCAAGAGUUCAGGGCAUGCCGUUCAAGUACCAUGUUGUGGAUGGCUCUCAUGUACAAGUACUGCUGGUUGGUAAUAUGGCCUUGGCAACGGCACGUGAAUUGGAAGCUGGUAUAAACAGAGCACCGACUGCAUUUGGACUUUCUUCCGGUGCACAAGUUGUAGUAUCUGGAUCGGUCGUUCCCACUACCCAGCCACCGACCACCCCAGAACAGUUAACUGUAAAGGCCGACCCUGGAAAAUGUGUUCAAGUUGUCCAAGUAACAGGAGAAGGUGGUGCAGCGGUAACUGAUGAUAAGGGUGGUGUUGUCACAGAGAUUGUGACAGCAGAAUUUCCAGACAGCAACAACAUCGGCGUAAACAGCGGUCAGACAGGGAACACAAAAACAGACCUGACACCAUGGUAUGUGGUGGGUGGUAUUGGUGCUCUACUGGUUAUUUCCUUGAUCAUCGUCAUCAUUGUGCUGGGUCGCAGAAGAAGCGGCAAAGUUCCACCCAAUCUGGGCCAACCAGUACACUAUGUUCACCAUAGCAGCCAACGAGCGACAGCCGGUGCAGUCAAUCUGCAGGAGUUUUCCGAUGAUCAACCAAGCAUCUAUGAAGAUCUCCAGGGCUACGGGCAUGGAAGUGCCGGCGUUUCCAACCCGAUGUAUAUUGCGGAUGAUGACCCAAUAUUGUCAAACGACAAGUCUGGCAUCAUUCAGUAGUAAUUGCACUGCACCUUGCUGCAGUGUUCAACGCAUCGCACAGCUGCUGAGCACACCGAUUCACUCUAUGUUAGCGUCACUGCCACACCAUGUCGCUUGCUUCUCGGUGAUCAGUCAAUGAAUUUGACUCACUUUUCUUUUGUACUUGACGGUACACCUUCCUCUCAAUAGUCUACCGUAGCAAGCUUCUUUUCAAGCUGCUUUGCAAGCUGCUUUUUGACAAUAUGAAAAAAUUAACAUUCUAUUUCAACACCAUA